AUGCACUUGCCAUUGACUGCGCUUGUUUUAUGGCUAUCUGUGUGUUGUUUUUACCAUUUAGUUGAAUGUUCUCAAUCGCUUGAUUCCUCAAGAUCUAGUGGUAGUAUAACCGGUUCAGGUCGUACUUCUCAAUUGGAUUCUUUGGAUUCUGGUAUUAAUGAUCGGGAUGUAUCUGACGAUGAGGAUAACUAUGAUGUAGGUGUUAUCUACGUGUUUCAAGGUUUAUAUACGUUUUUAUGUAUAUUUGGUCCAUUUGAAGCUUUUACUUCUCUUCUCAUUCUUCUGUUCCUGAACUAUGUUCAGAAAGAUGACGAUAAUGAUGAGGAUGAUGUUGAUCAAGAGGAUGCUGCUAAAGAGCGUAUCCGUCGACUCAUGGACGAUCUGGUAACUGCGUCAUUGGAGUUACAAGAAAUAAACCGAUCUUUGGACGAGCUUUGA